AUGGGAAAACUUCUGUCCAAACUGCAAGAUGUCUUCGGUCAGAUCGAGAUGGUGCCAUCUAAAUUGCUGAUGGUUGGCCUAGAGUCUGCAGGUAAAAGUACAAUUCUGUACAAAAUCAAGCUCGAUGAGGAUGACGUCCAGACGUUACCUACAGUGGGUUUUAACGUGGAGACAGUAACGGUGUGUAAAAACGUCACGUUCACCGUCUGGGACGUCGGCGGCCAGGAGAAACUGAGAAGGUUAUGGGAUAUGUUCUUUAAAGGAUCACAUGGUAUACUGUUUGUGGUGGACAGCUCUGAUCGGGAACGAAUGGCUUCUGCUAGAAAGGAGCUGACGGGCAUGUGUGGUGAGGAAGAAUUAAGAGGGAUACCUUUGAUCGUGAUAGCCAACAAACAGGAUAUUACAGACGCCAUGUCAACAUCCGAAGUUGCUGAUUUCCUAAAUCUGGGCACCAUCAAGGAUAGAUAUUGGAGCGUCCGAGGAACUUGCGCAGCUCGAGGUGAUGGACUUCUGGAAGCCAUGGCAACAAUGGCGGCAUGCGUCAAGAAUCACCAGAAGAACAACAGCAAAUGGAAAAAAUCGAAAUACAUUUAA